UACACGGAAAGUAAGGAGUGAUGCACCACCACUAAAUAAAGAACAGAGCAUGGCGUCGGGUCAUCUUUGCAAGCUACACAGUUUACUGACGCGACUUUCUGUCGGCAGCACUUUACGACAUGCACAAGCUGUGCCAGUGCGACAGAAGUCCAGCGUCCAUGUUCCUCCACUUGAUAGCCCUGAAUGUAACGUGGAAAUUGGUGUAACUACAGAUGGAAAAACGGUAGUGUGCUACCAUCCGACUGUCGACAUUCCCUAUGAGCUCACCCAGCCUAUAGAGCGGCCAGACCCCCUGACCAACCCGCCUGAGACCCACGACCAGAUCUUAAAGGCUCACCUCAGCAAGGAGGUUCUGAAGGGCAAACGGGGUCCAACUAUAGAGGAACUUAGCAAGAUGUUUUUCACCACCAAACACCGCUGGUAUCCAAAGGGACAGUACCACAUGAGGCGCAUAAAGAAAAACCCACCAAAGGACAGAUAAUCUCAGUCGCAAAAUGAUUGAUGACUUUUGUUUGUAUUAUUGUCACUGUAAUAUAUAAUAAACUGCGAAAUAAUA